AUGGCCUCCAACGUAACAGCGUUCCAGAAAGUGCUGGAUUCAACAGCACUUGCGGCCACGAAAUUCAUCCGCCGGCCACCGAUCGAUCCGAAAGUGCCAAUUCAAGGAAAGAUCCGUGUAGUGGGCUCAAACGCAUACAGAGAUCAACAGGAGAAGGAAGGUCGGCGCUUACAGAAGGCCUUGAACUCGAUCGCCCAUGGCAAGAACAUCUUCGUGUACCACAAUAUCCGCACGAAACAGGUCGUCUACUCAUUGACUCGUUACUUGGAGAAAACCAACCUCCUCAAGCAAUGCGUCAACCACGGCAAGAAGACCAUUCCGGCCACUGUCCGCAAGGAUAUGUGGGUUCCCUACUUCUCCGUGCACUUCAACGAAGCGCAAGUCGGCCUGAACGUGUACAACCACCUGCGGCAAUUCGCGCUGCUGCGCCAACUCUCCCCGCCCAAGGAAAUGAUCACCGUGACAAAAGAAUAUCUUGACUCGAAGCGGCCGAAAGACCUAAGGGACCAGAAGCAAUGGGAUAAGGAGAACAUGGGCCGAGUGGGCCAGAUCAUGAUGAAGAAAGAGCGUGCAUACGCCCUCAUGAACCAAAAGGCCACCUCGAUUGCCGACGUUGCUUUCGUCCUGCAAAAGCACAGAGAUCACAUCAUCGCCGGCUUCCCCGAGAGCACCAAGUCCGGGUACAAGACCGUCAAGGCCCGCAGGCGCAGGCGUUCGGCUGCCGAGGAGGAGGCUGAGCGGUCUCAGGCUCGUGCCGCGGAGGUUGCGGCGUUGGGAGAGCAGCUCGAUGCUGAGAUUACUGCUGAUCAUGUCGCACCACGGGAACAGAGUGUUAAGAUCUUGUGGCAGGAGCCUUACGAUGCGCAGUAUGCGAAGUACUGGCCCAAACAUGUUGAACACGGGCAACUGCGCUGGACUCGCAACCACAUUGUUGGUCAGGAGGAGCUUGUUGCUGGUGAGGAUGUCAUCGCCGAUGGAACGUUUGAGGAGGUGACCCCGGCACGGACGUAG